UUAGGCAACAUCCUAUGAAACGCCAGCGUUUUGUGCUACGUAUUUAAGAGUUCACAGCAUCGACUAGCCGGGAAUUCGGUAAUUUUUCGAUUACUGUCUGCAGCUCUACAGAUCUGAGCUUCGCCGCCGGUUCUGCAAUUCCUCUCCGAUUCCCAAAAUGAUUGAUGAUCAAGACUUGGGCUUCUUUGCCAACUUUCUAGGUAUUUUCAUAUUUGUCCUGGUGAUUGCUUACCAUUACGUGACAGCAGACCCAAAAUAUGAGGGCAACUGAGGAUUUUUAUUAUCGUAGUACCAAUGCAUAGAUUUGCGACUGUAUGAUUGUCAUGUGACAGUUAAGUUUUGGACAAUGGAAUUCAAGAACGGAGAUACAUGUGAUGUAGUACUUUUUGUAAGAUGAGACAAUUAAUCUAGCCUUACUGUUUAUCCAUAGAUAAUCUUAGAAAUUUUUGUUCUGCUUA